AUGCGGGAUAGGACUAAGGAGUACUUGGCAGGGUAUGGAAUGGCUCGGCAGAUGGAGUAUAGGCGGCGGCAGGAGGUUUUAGAGCGGUUGGUGACUUACCAGGGUCAGAAUGGCCGGGUGGGUGAGUUGGGGUAUGGAGUGGGAGAAUUACUUUAUGUGACUCUAGCUAACUACUGGGAAGUAAGAGUAUGUACGUAUCAGUAUAGUAUUGGGUGUAUGGAAUGUAGGCGGGAAGUGUAUGUAUGUGGGGUGAAUUGUAAGACGUGUGGGAAAUGGGUGUGUACGCAGUGUAUAGGACCGGUAGAGGGAGUGGCAUUAUGUCGGGGGUGUAGUGAGUUAGUACGGGUGCGGAUGGAAGUGAGUGGUGGUCGGGAGUGGAUAGGUCGGAAUGUCCAGGUACAGUAUGCAAUGUUACAGGAGUGUGUGCAGAGACCGAGUCAGGAGCGGUUGCAAGAACUGGUCCGGGAAGUACAGGUACUGGAGAAGGACUUAGUGGGUUCGGGUGUAGAUGUGAUUAUUCGGCGGAAUAUUAUUGUACGGAUGAAACAAGUUCUUUGUGAUUGGUACUUGGUGCGGGCACAGGAAGAGAAGUGUGCGGCAUUGAUUGAGCAGUUGGAGUACUUGCGAGUACUGAAGGAGAGUAAUCCACAACUGACUGAAGUACUUGAUCGGUCGAUUGAAGAAGUUCUUCUGGAGAUUGCCAGUAAUAAUCAUGUAUCUGGGUCUAAUGCCUAG